AUUUUUGACCGGAAUUAGGUUGAUGAUGCCAUAUCAUAUCUGAUGUCAAAGUUGAAGACAUCAGCUGCAGGCAUGGACAAAUUCCGAAACCAAUUUUUACUCAUUUAUUUUCUGCUAAUCCGUUCUACUGCAACUGCAAGCGACACCAUAACCACCUCUGCAAGAAUCACUGAUGGAGAAACACUCGUUUCUGCAAACGGAGUAUUCGAGCUCGGUUUCUUCAACCUCAACAAUUCCACCAAUCGCUACGUUGGAAUCUGGUACAGCAAAAUAAGCGUUCCCACAUAUGUGUGGGUCGCAAACAGAGAGUCUCCGCUCACAGACAGAUUUGGCGUGUUAACGGUGACGGCGCCCGGCGUCCUUGCUAUUCUUAACAGAACUAACAGCACCGUCUGGUCGUCGGCGCUUACGACUCCAGCCCCAAAUCCAAUCGCGCAAUUGCUCGACUCCGGGAAUCUCAUCGUCAAAGAUGCAAACGAUGAUAGAUUUACGUGGCAGAGCUUCGAUUACCCCUGCGAUACCUUGUUGUCCGGAAUCCGCCUGGGGUGGAACUACGUCACCGGCGUCGAGACCUACAUUUCGUCGUGGAAGAGCGACGAUGAUCCCGCGAAAGGCGAGUAUUCGUCGCACGUGGACCCCACCGGAUACCCGCAGAUGUUAUUGAAGAAGGGAGAUAUCAUCCAGUACAGGAUCGGGCCGUGGAACGGGCUCUAUUGGAGCGGGGCCCCCGACACGAGCAACGACCCGACCUACUACUUGUCGCUGCAGAUUUUCCCCAACGAGGUGCGUUAUACAGAGGGCAUCAUCGGGGACUCGGUCUUAUCGAUGUCGAGGCUGAAUCCCAACGGUGAGGGAGUGCGCUCCACGUGGAACAAUCGGACAAAUUCGUGGGCAUCUUACACCAACUUGCCGGUGGACAACUGCGACAAUUACGCGCGGUGCGGUCCACACGGCAGCUGCAAUGCGGGUACCUCUCCGUCGUGCGGAUGUCUUGACAGGUUUGUGCCGAGGGAUCCGGAGAGCUGGGGGCGUGCGGACUGGUCGGAUGGGUGCGUGAGGAGGAUUGCGUUGAGCUGUGCUGGGGAUAAGUUUUUGAAGUACUCUGCCAUCAAGCUGCCUGAUACUCGCAACACUACUUACAAUGUGGAGAGGAGGAGCCUUGCGGAGUGCCAGUUGGAUUGCUUGAGGGACUGUUCGUGUGUGGCGUAUACUCAGCUCAAUAUCAGUGGAGACGGGAGUGGUUGCUUGUACUACCAUGGCGACUUGAUCGAUAUCAGAGCUAUGGCUUCGUCCGGCCAGGAUCUUUAUAUUAGAAUGGCUGCUUCUGAGCCUGGUGAUGUGUCGAGCACGAGCAGCAAUGGCGGAAAUAGAGGGAGAACAAGAACUAUAGUUAUAGCAAGUACUACGUCGGUAGUGGUGAUGGUUUUUGUGUGCCUAAUCUUCGUUUAUGUUUAUGGCCGGAGGAGAAAGAAUGAUACAAGUAUGAACGAUGAAGUUGUAGGGCUGUUCAAUGCAACUCAUGUGAAAGAAGGGGAGCUGCCGUUCUUUAGCUUGCCUACGGUCAUGAAAGCUACUGAUAAUUUUUCAAACAAGAACAAGCUUGGUGAGGGCGGAUUUGGACCUGUUUAUAGGGGCAUGUUGGAAGACGGGCAAGAAAUUGCUGUGAAACGCUUGUCAAAGACGUCGAGCCAAGGAGUGAACGAGCUGAGAAAUGAAGUGAUGCUGAUAGCCAAACUUCAGCAUCGUAAUCUAGUGAGGACUCUGGGAUUUUGCGCUCAAGGAGAGGAGUACAUGUUGAUCUACGAAUACAUGCCUAAUCAUAGCCUCGACUUAACGUUAUUUGACAAAGAAAAGAGUAGGCUCCUUGACUGGCAAAAGCGCUUCGAUAUCAUCAACGGAAUUGCUAAAGGGCUACUAUAUCUUCAUCAAGAUUCGAGGCUGAGAAUCAUCCACCGCGACCUCAAAGCUAGCAACAUAUUGCUUGAUGCUGAUAUGAUUCCCAAGAUAUCUGACUUUGGAUUAGCUAGGAGCUUCGGAGGAAACCAAACAGAAGCUCAGACGCGCAGAGUUGUUGGAACAUACGGCUACAUGUCUCCAGAAUACGCUAUAGACGGGUUGUUUUCAGUCAAAUCCGAUGUUUUCAGUUUCGGUGUUCUGGUGCUGGAGCUUGUUAGCGGCCACAGAAACAGAGGUUUCCUCCUUAAAGACCAUAAUCUCAACCUUCUUGGACAUGCGUGGAGUCUUUACAAGGAAGAUAGUUUGAGAAAACUAGUUGAUCCUUGUCUGGAUGAGGCGUUCGACUUGGGACAAGUGGAACGUGCGAUCCAUGUGGGGCUGCUGUGCGUGCAGAAUAGCCCAGACGACAGGCCAAACAUGUCGUCUGUGGUGUUCAUGCUGGGGAAUGAAGUGACGCUGCCACAGGCGAAGCAGCCAGGUUUCUUCACGGAGAGGGACAUUUCUAUCGAUCACAGCUCCAACAGCUCCAAUCCGACAGCUUCGCAUAAUCAACUUACAAUCACUUGGACACAAGGCAGAUAGGAGUCAAAACUGUUUUUGUACAUUGUGUUAAUUAUUUGGUGUUCUGUAACUAAGAAAGAGAGAGAGAUAAAAAAUUAUAUACAGCCAUUUAUUUGAAAUUUUUCAUGCUAGGCAUCUUAGUUGGUGUCCUGAGAUGUUCCAAACAAACAAAGUUUGAAGAAUGAUGAACAUUCAGUUUCUGUUGUGUAUAAUAAAGUAUUGAUUGGCAUAUGAAUAUAACAUUAUUUUGAUUUCA